AGUUCAUGCACACAAAGUUCCAAAGAGGGCAAUAAAUCCGUGAAAAUAGUAGCAAAUAAUAAAUUUUCCUUUUUCAAAACACAAAACCGGCCCAAAAAUCCACGUGGCCUCAUUCAAAUUCUGUUCCUAAGCACUGUUCAUCGAGUGUAGUUAUCAAGCUCCGACGUUAACAGGCGUGGCUGUCCGGUCGAUGCAACUGGAUCGAUCACGUACGAAGGACAGGUUUGGGUAUCAUUUUCAGCAGGAAAAAGAAGAGCAAAGAUACUCUGCACACCAUAAAAAAAAAACUUUGCUGGCCAAAACAGAAUUCCCAGGAGGCUACCUGAAACUAAUCGAUCUAAGUCUUGAGGGUCUGUUAGCAAGAAGAAAUAGGUGUGUUCAGUGUGCAAACGUUUGAAGGUUCUUGCAAUACAUACAGUGAGUAUACAUCCUGGUACCUCCUUAGAUCACCGAAUUCAAGGGUAAAGGUCAACUCCAAUAUAUUAAAAUAGGCACCCACUGGUCAAGGAGCAGGUACCACUAGCAAGGAAGGCACAAAAAACAUCAGCAAAGACGCAUGUUUCUUCGGAUUACUCUCUAGUAGAUAAUAGAACACCCAUACCUUAUAUGUGAGUUCAGUUAAAAAGAAAACAAUUGAUGCAUUUAUACUACCCGCUGCAAAGCGUGGGCUCUGUAACUAGUUUCUUCUUAAUUUUCAAUCUAUCCGCCAACACCAAAAUCUUCCCCUUAAAACCUCUCUCACUCUUCUCUCAGCUACCUCCGGCCGAUUGCCGACCACUCAAACCCUAGCUUUCACCGACCGUCGGAAAACUUAGCUUUCGUCUAUCUGAUUAUUUUAUAUUUGUCUUAGUUUGAUUCGUUCCACAAGUUUGUUAGUUUUGAAAUUUCGCGAAAUGGCGACCUCGGCGUUCAAAUCGACGACGAAGCGGACGGCAACCGGGAGCUCUCGGGCUCCGGCUGAGGACUCGACUUCGGUUAAUCAGUCUCACCGGCGCUCGCGCAGCCUCAGCUGCUUCUCGCGCCGGCUAACGGAGCCACCGGCCGAGGAGUUUGAAGUCAAUCCGACUCCAAGGAGGAAGUUUGUGAACACGGUCAGGGGCUCGGGGUUCCCGGAGAUUAGUCUUAAUGACCUGGUGAUUGAGCUGUUUGAUUCUAGCUCGAAUGAUAGAGGAGGACGCUCGGCGUUGCGGAGUUCCGAAACUACCCCUGCCCAGAGGCGGGGGAGGUCGGUGUCGAGGCACGGCCCGAGGGUGAGCAGCGGUAGUGGUGAGACGAGGGGCCGUGCUGGUAAUAGCUCAGGUGGAGGGAGGGUAGUUUCGGAAAGUAAGACAAAUUCGAGGCAAACGCGAUCAGUUUCUGUUGCUCGGUAUCAGAUGAGCGAUUCAGAGAGUGAUCUCGAUCAUCCUCAUAAUCAUAGCACUGCUAAGUCGAAAAACUUCACUAGUGGAAACAACCACACGCCCUUGUCCCGUAAGUCAUUGGAUUCAAAUUAUAGGCCAGGAUUGAGAAGGUCUCUUAGCCAAAAAGAUCUGAAGUGCCAUGAUGGUUACUCCUCUUCUGUCCUAACUGAUGAUGAGGGGAAGGAUGCUUAUAUCUAUAAAAAUGGGGCUGAGAAGACUAUACGAGCUGUAUAUUCAGAGAAGAAGGCAGAGCACCCCGCUGGUAAUGAUAUGAAAAGUGGAUUAUAUGAAGUAAUGCGAAAAGAAAUUAGACAUGCUGUGGAAGAGAUUAGGACGGAACUUGAACAAGAAAAGGGCAAAACUAAAUCUACUGUUCUAGCACCUGGUGAUUCUUUGCGUUCUAACGGUUCAGAUGUACUUCAGGCUGUUUCUUCGAUCAUGAAGAAUUAUUCUUCCAAAUUGGAACAGUCAGAAAAGCGUAAACAAGAUUUAUUAGCAGAAAUAGUGCUGGAGGAACAACACAGUAGGGAACUCUCAAAGAUUGUAAAAGAAUUGCUUCCUGAGCCAAAGAAAAUUGUCAGUCCAGACAGACCGUCACAAACUAGAAGGAGGAGCAAUGACAAAGGUAGGGUGUCUAAGCGACUGACUGAGGAAGCAGAAAGAUAUAUUGAGGACUUCAUUUCAAAUGUUGAAGACACAGAUAUAUCAUCACUUGAUGGUGAAAGGAGUGAUACAAAUUCCAGCUUAGGAGGAAUAAUGAAGGGCGAAACUUUUCAGAGUCCAGCCAUGUCAACUCCUCCUCCUCCUGUUUUCAUGGAUGGCGUUGUACUGCCUUGGGUGCGGUGGGAGACUAGUAAUGAUGGUACUCCUAUGGGGUGCAGGAAUGAGACUGAACCACCAAUGACCCCCAAAUCUUUUUCAUGGGGUGCUUCUCAGAAAGUGACUAAUGCGCAAGACCAUAGUCAGUCAGCUAGUAGCCGUGGGAGUUGGAGCCCUGGAAUAAUCGAUUCCUUGCCAUUUAACAUCAUGGAAAAUGCAUCCAGGAAAAUUGGAGAAUCUGGUAAUUACCAGCGCCAAUCAUACCCGGGCGGGUCAAAUCCUUCACGCUUUGACAUGGAAAAGUAUCUCCAGCUUAAAAACAAUAAAGAUUUUCUCUUAGAAACACUGAAGCAACAGCGCAGAAUUGGUUCUGGGGGCCUCCUGCUUUGUAAUAGAAUGUUGAUGUAGCCAUAAUUAGUUCUUUAUAAGACUGCAACCGUAAACUACAUCGAUAUCAUUGUAUAUUUUCUCCAUGAUGGAGACUCCAUCUAUUAAGCUUUGUAGGUAGCCAUUGGCAAUA